AACCCUAAUCAAGCACACAUGAACAAGCUCAUCGAUGUCUUCAGGAAUACUAAGGCUUCUCGGCUACAGGCAGAGUUGCUGUGUGACAGUGUAAUAAUGAUGGAUCAUGAUACUCAGUGGCUGUACCAGCUCCUUGCUAGUGUGCAGUUAGAGAGAUUCUACGUAAGGAUGCGAGAUGGACUCAAUGUGACACGCAUUGAGCACCUGAACUAUGUUAAAGAAGCAGAUCUGGAACACAUUGGCAUUAGUAGACCAGGACAGCGACGAUUAUGGGAUGCUGUCAGACGUUACAAAACCAACAUGCGACCAUGUUCGAGGGUGGCUAAGGCCUUCAUUGGUCGCACCCCAGAAGGAAGUGAGCAGUGUAAUGGUGUUGGGUCAGGCCAGGGGCCAGAACCAGGGCGCACACUCCCCUGUCUUAUCCAGGACAAUGAACUGAUCUUUGGGGACAGGCUAGGCUCAGGUUCCUUUGGGGUAGUUAGAAAAGCAGAAUGGCAAACACCAACUGGACGAGUGUUGCCUGUAGCAGUGAAAACCUUGAGGGGCGGCGGAUCCAGAUACGGAGAUGUGGUGACAGAAUUCCUCCUGGAAGUUUCGACCAUGCAGUCUCUGGACCACCCCAACAUUAUACAUCUGUAUGGUGUUGUCCUUACUCAUCCUCUUAAAAUGGUAACGGAGCUGGCUCCCCUUGGCUCUUUAUACGACUCUCUGCGUCUACGACAGGGAGAAUAUCCUCUUUCACGGCUCUGGCUCUUCAGCACACAGAUUGCUGCAGGUAUGGAGUACCUAGAGUCCAGACGCUUCAUCCACAGAGACCUCGCUGCCCGGAAUGUGCUCUUGGCUUCUAAAGAACUAGUGAAGAUUGGAGACUUUGGACUGAUGAGAGGCUUGGGUCCGGACAGGGACCACUAUAUCAUGACGGCACACAAACGCAUCCCCUUCGCAUGGUGUGCUCCGGAGAGUUUACGUGUGGGUACUUUCUCUCACGCUUCAGAUGUCUGGAUGUUUGGUGUCACAUUGUGGGAAAUGUUCACUUACUGUGAGGAGCCCUGGCUGGGGCUGUCCGGCAGACAGAUCUUAUAUCGUGUCGAGCGGGAAGGUGAGAGGUUGGAUAGGCCUUCAGACUGUCCGCAGGAGUUAUAUUCUGUGAUGCGUAAAUGUUGGGCCUGCAGUCCUGCUGACCGACCGACCUUCUCUCAGCUCACUACCAUGGUAGCAGAGGCUCAGCCUAUGGAGGUUCGAGCAGUGAAAGACUUCACAGAGCUCAGAAAACUCUCUCUACAGGCGAAUGAUCUAGUGACUGUAAUAGAUCAUGGGCUGGAAAUGUGUGAGUGGAAGGGUCAAAACCAGAGAACUCUAAGUGUUGGCUGGUUUCCCCCUGCAUUGACUGCCCCGGCUCUCACAGCAGCAGUUUCUGCACCUGGUCCGGCUCUGAUCUCUUCCCCUGUUAAAGGCAGUCUACAGCACACUGGCCAUGGAGGCAUGGACCGGGCAAGCAGCUGGGCCAACCCAGAACGAAUAGACGAGCCCAGACGUUGGAGGAUUCCGUUAGGAAGAGAGAAGGAAGGCUCCAAUCUGAAGAAAAUGGCAGGCAUCUCAAGGAGUCUGGAGUCUGUCCUUGGUGGUUCACAGGACAAAGGUCAAGGUCCUGGUGGGAAUGCAGUUCAGAGAGCCGACCCACGCAGACUCGUGCAGUGCAAUCUAAUGCAAGAUCCACGCAGGUUUAGUGAUGCUAUUGUGACCCCACCUGCACGGCCACCACCCCCCAACUUCAAAUCCAUCAGCCCACCAAACACUGGCUUCAAAUGCGUCAAACCCCAAAUGAUGAUCCAGGAUCGGAGACCAGUAAACCCAGCGGGCUGGGGCCCUCAAACUCAUUCACAGCUACAGUUCCAGUUCCAGUUCCAUCCACAGCAGCAGUGUUUAGGGAAUAACAACCUCGCCAGGAUGGCACAUCUGGCCAAGUCAAGCCCUCAGUUAGAUGAUGGCCCUGAGAAAGAGAAGGAGAGAGACAAAGAGCAAGAGAAAGAAAGAGAGCGAGAGAAGGCAAAGGAGAGGUAUCCGCCACAUGUUGACAAGGAUGCAGUUAUUGCGCAGGUUCAGGAGGCAGUACAUGGAGUGACCAGUGAGCAGGUUCAGAAAGCUCUGUGUCGCAAUGACUGGAAUCCCGUAUGGGCGGAGCAGCAGCUUAAGACAGACCAGCUGUAUUACAUGACUCAGUACUCUCGUGAGGAAUGUCAAAAAGUCCUUGCCCGCUACAAAUGGGACCUGCAGCUGGCAGGACGUUACAUCAUCCGACAAGACAGAGGUAGAGACAGAGACAGAACUGCACCGGAUAGAAGAGGAGAAAGAGUUUAAUGCAAGACAAUGUUAACUCAUAAGAUGGUUCAUAAUUAUUGAGGAUUUCAUGUUUCUUUGAUAUCGAUGAAUUAUCAUGAGGUCAAAAUAUAUUGUCAGCCUGAAGUUUCCAUCCACUUCCAAUGUAAAACCAUCAAUAGUGACUCUGUAUUAUGUGCUUGAUUAAUACAUUCGUGAUAUCAGUUAUUUGUUUGGAAAGACAGUAUAAUCAUUCUUAUUAAAUGCAGAAUGACAUUCCAGUUGCCAUUGUGACUAUUGUUAGUUUGCAGUUUUUGUACAUAAAUUAGGUCUGUUAAAAUUUUAAAUGUGUUAAAUUCAGUAAAACUGUGUAAAUUUAUAUGAUGAAUUUGUAAAUACAAAGUGUUAUAAAUAUUUGUAUCCGUUUAAUAAAGUAAAUCAUGCAUUU